UUGCGUUGCGCAAGUUUAUAUCAGAAUUUAGAAGUGAAGCAUCUACAUAUCCACGAAUAGCAAUACCAACAAAAUCUAAUUCAUAUAUAAUACAUAUAUACAUAAUCUACGUUUUAGAUAGUUCUAGUGUUUACAUAUUGUUUUAAUUUUAUUGCGUAUAAAUAAACACGUCGUGAUGAGCUUGUGAAAUGAACGCUUUGCGUAACCUCUUUAGCUCGAGAACACUAAAUAGUGUAAGGCAACAUGGCCAGAAUGUCCUCUUUAAUAUUGCACAACCAGUUGAUGGUGCACCGGCGGUUGCACCAAUUACAGACUUCGAUGAAGGUACUAAUAAAGAAGCAUGUCAACCGUUGAAAAUACCAAAAUCAAUUCUCGAUGCAACUACUUUUAUUGGUAAAAACUUUGGUGAAACAACUGCCUCUGGAUCGAUUUCACCAACUACCUUAAAACGAUUGCGAUGCAUGGAGCGCAAGGUUGAGUUAGUUUAUCGCUGUAAACUGUGCAACACACGUAACAGUAAGCUGGUCUCUGAAGCUGCAUACAGAAGCGGUGUGGUAAUUCUCCAAUGUGACGGUUGUUCUGUGAACCAUUUAAUAGCCGAUCAUUCUGGAUGGUUUGCCAAAACCAAAGGCAAGAAUUUUGACCAGGUGCUAGCCGAGCGAGGUGAUCGCGUUAAAGUCAUCAAAGUAAACGAAAAAGGCGAAUUAAUUUAGCUGCAAGCAACAUGAAAUUAAAUUACAAUUAACUUCAGUCUUAUGUAUUGCUAUUAAUAAUGAAUACUGCUUCACAAAAUAUCAUAAAUAACAAUUUUAUCAUUAAUAGAAUAAAGUGUUUAAAAUACAGGAGAUAAAAAUCAUAUAGGCUCAGCCUUCGAAAACACGUUUUCAAUUGCUUGUGGAACCGAUGGCUCCAUGACCGAAUACUGACAUUAACCUGGAGACCUGCCAUAAUAAUCUAAUUGGAAUUUAUCUAUAUUGUAAAUAAGUAAUGCUAUAGUUCAAUAUAUUAUAUGCUUUGAAUUUGAAUGUAACUACCGUGCAACCACUUCAGGUUGCAUCUUUAUUUAUGUAUUUUGUGCAGUGAAUUAACAUCCUGGAAUGUAAUAUAUUACAAAUGCAAAAGUAAUGAGAAACUUCACAAAAAAAGCAAUAAAAGUAUUAAAGCAAAAUAUCGAAACAUUAA